AUGCCGGAGAUGAUGCCGGAGAUGAUGAUGCCAGAGAUGCUGGAGAUGAUGCUGGAGAUGCUCCAACACAAGUUUUCCUGCUCAUGCCGGCUGGAGAUGUUUUACGAUGGCACCUGGGGGACAGUGUGCGAUGACCACUGGGACCUUGAUGGAGCCCGCGUGGUCUGCUGGCAGCUGGGCUGCGGGACAGCACUGUCGGCUGUCGGCAGGGCUUGCUACGGGCGAGGAGCAGACCCCAUCUGGCUGGACAACGUACGCUGCCCCGGUUCAGAGGCUGCCCUUUCCGAGUGCCAGUCACGGCCCUGGGGAGCCCACAGCUGCAGGCACGGGGAAGACGCCAGUGUUGUGUGCUUGGACCCCAUGGUGCUUCAGUUGGUGGAUGGCCCACAGCGCUGCGCCGGGAGGGUCGAAGUGCUUCAUCAGCAGCAAUGGGGGACGGUGUGUGACGAUGGCUGGGACCUGUGCGAUGCCGAAGUGGUGUGCUGGCAGCUGGGCAGCUUUGGCCGGGGACAUGAUCCCAUCUGGCUGGAUGAGGUGAACUGCACAGGGACUGAGUCUGCCCUCUCCGAAUGCAGAGCCAAGCUGAAAGGAGUCCACAAGUGCAACCAAGGAGAAGAUGCUGGUGCAGUGUGCUCAAGUAGCUGCUACCCUACUGAGGUCCGGCUGGUGAACGGCUCAAAUCGCUGCUCUGGGAGAGUUGAGGUGCUGCACAACCAGUGAUGGGGAAGUGUGUGCGACGACAGCUGGGACCUGGAUGAUGCAGAAGUGGUGUGCCGGCAGCUGGGCUGUGGGACGGCCGUAGCCACUCCACCCAGAGCUCGGUUUGGAAUGGGGUAUGAGCCCAUCUGGCUGGACGAUGUGAACUGCGCUGGCGCUGAGGCUGCCCUCUCCGAGUGCAGGGCCAGACGGGGAGCGAGUAACUGUGACCACCGAGAAGAUGCCAGUGUGGUGUGCCUGGGUAAGCUACCCCAACCAGGACCAGCUCACCGGCUGGUGAAUGGCUCCAGACACUGCUAGGAUGUUGAGGUGCUUCACAACCAGCAGUGGGCGGUGUGUGACAACGGCUGGGACCUGAGCGAUGCCGAGGUGGUGUGCCGGCAGCUGUGCUGUGGAGCGGCCGUGUCAGCUCCAGGCUUGGCUCAGUUUGGGCCAGGGUCCAACCAUAUCUGGCUGGGUGAUGUUGAGUGCACGGGGGCAGAAGCUACCCUCUGCAAAUGCAGGUCCGGGAUCAGGGAAGCCAUUAAUUGCCACCAUGGGGAAGAUGCUGGUGUUGUGUGCUCAGACCUCCAAAAAGGGUGUCUGUCUCGUCCCAUUUCAGACCCUGUGGCGUUGCGGUUGGUGAAUGGCUCAAGCCUCUGUGCUGGGAGAGUUGAAGUGCUCCACAGGCAUCAGUGGGGGACCGUGUGUGAUGACAGCUGAGAUGAAGAGGACGCCAUGGUCGUGUGCCGGCAGCUGGGCUGCGGAACGGUGGUCUCGGCCUCUGGCGCGGCUUGGUUUGGGCAAGGGCGCAAUGCCAUCUGGCUGGACGACAUGAACUAUGGGAGGGAGGACACCCUCUUGGAAUCCCUGGCCAGGCCAUGGGGGACACACAACUGUGACCACGGGGAAGACACCAGUGUGGUGUGCUCAGACUUGGUUGCUUCCCAGCGGGUUCCUCUCCGCCUGUCAGAUGGCCCACACCGCUGCGCCGGCAGGGUCGAGGUCUUCUACGAGAACCGGUGGGGAACGGUGUGCGAUGACCACUGGGACCUGGAGGAUGCUGGUGUGGUGUGCCGGCAGCUGGGCUGUGGCACGGUGCUGUCAGCCCCUGGGGCCGGGCAUUUCAGGGCAGGGUAUGGUCCCAUUUGGCUGGACGAUGUCAACUGCACGGGCACAGAGGUCGCCCUGUCUUACUGCAGGACAAAAGGCUGGGGAAAGAACAACUGCCAUCACGGCGAAGAUGCCGGUGUGGUGUGCUCAGGUAAUGCCUCUCCUGCAGAGCUCCGCCUGGUGAAUGGCCUUGACCACCAGUGGGGAACCGUGUGCGACGAUGACUGGAGCUUCCCCGACGCCAGUGUGGUGUGCCGGCAGUUGGGCUGUGGGACGGCCAUCUCAGCCUACGGCGCAGCUCACUUUGGCUGGGGAUCAGGCCCCAUUUGGCUGGACAAUGUUCAGUGCAGCGGGACCGAAGCUGCCCUGUCCGAAUGCCUGGCCAGACCUUGGGGUGUCAACAACUGUGACCAUGGAGAAGACGCCAGCACAGCCACCAACACGCCAGCUCACCUACGCCUGGAGAACGGCCCUGGCCGCUGCGCGGGACGCGUGGAGGUGCUCCGCCACCAUCAGUGGGGGACGGUGUGUGACAGCAGCUGGGGCCUGGCCGAGGCGGCAGUGGUCUGCCGGCAGCUGGGCUGCGGGACGGCUCUCUCAGCCCUGGGUUCAGCUCACUUCGGGCAAGGGUCCGGCCGCAUCUGGCUGGAUAAUGUGAACUGCACGGGGACAGAAGCCACCCUCUCUGAAUGCCAGGCCACGCCAUGGGAAUCCAACAGCUGUGACCACCGGGAAGAUGCUGGUGUGGUGUGCUCCGGUGAUCCAUAUGCGGACGCUUCGGGGCAGCGCCCACUGCGGCUGGCAAACGGCUCGAACAGCUGCCUGGGGAGAGUCGAGGUCUUUCACGACCAGAAGUGGGGGACCGUGUGCGAUGACACCUGGGACCUCCAUGCCGCCACCGUCGUGUGCAGGCAGCUGGGCUGUGGGAUGGCGCUGGCAGCACCAGGCUCGGCUCAUUUCGGGCCAGGGUCGGAUCCCAUCUGGCUGGACGACGUUCACUGCACAGGGACUGAGUCCACCCUCACCGAGUGUGAGCUGAGCAACUGGGGAGAGCACAACUGCGGCCACAGAGAAGAUGCUGGUGUGGUGUGCUCAGGUAACACCAGCCCCUUGCAGGUGCAGGUGAAAGACGGUCCCGGUCCCUGCGCAGGGCGGGUGGAGGUGCUCUACAACGCUACCUGGCACGGGGUGUGCAGCAGCAGCUGGAGCUUGCUGGAAGCCAGGGUGGUCUGCAGGCAGCUGGGCUGCGGACAAGCCACUUAUAAAGAAGACAGAGGACACCGGGACAUCAUCCGAGGCUUAGGCAGCCACGCUCCUGGUGUCGAAGGCACAGCUGCUGAGAGCCUGGGGGGGCUCCUUCGCCUGGUGGGCGGCCCCGGCCGCUGUGCCGGGCGGGUGGAGGUGCUCCACAACGGAACGUGGGGGACAGUGUGUGACGACAGCUGGGGUCCCCCCGAGGGCCGGGUCGUGUGCCGGCAGCUGGGCUGUGGGACAGUGCUGUCGGUGGCACCAGGAGCUCGGUACGGAGAAGGGACGGGACAGAUCUGGUUGGACGAGGUCAACUGCACCGGGGAGGAAAAGGACCUCUCCGAAUGUCGAGCCAGGCCAUGGGGGGAACACAACUGUCACCACGUGGAGGAUGCCAGCGUUGAGUGCUCAGGUAGCCCGGGAUGGCAGCCCCUCCAGCUGCUCAACGGCCCCAACCGCUGCGCCGGGAGGGUGGAGGUGCUCCACAACCACAUGUGGGGGACGGUCUGUGAUGACGGCUGGGACCUGGCGGAUGCGGCAGUGGUGUGCCGGCAGCUGGGCUGCGGUGCAGCACUGUCGGCCACCAGCGGGGCUCGCUUUGGAAGGGGCCACGAUCCCAUCUGGUUGGACGAGGUGAACUGCACCGGCACUGAGGACACCCUCUUCGACUGCCAGGCCAGCGCUUGGGGGGACAACAACUGCUUCCACGGGGAGGAUGCUGGAGUGAUAUCUUCGGGGGUGUCCGUGGCCGCUGAGCUCCGCCUGGCCAAUGGUUCGACGCGCUGCGAAGGCAGGGUGGAGGUCACCCACGACGGCACCUGGGCAGCCCUGUGUGACGAGGGCUGGGGUCUGGCUGAAGCUCGAGUGGUGUGCAGGCAGCUGGGCUGCGGCAGAGCGCUGUCAGCACCCGGUGGGUCGCAUUUUGGGCAAGGACCCAGGCAAAUGUGGCCUGACAGCGUGAGCUGCGUAGGCACGGAGACUGCCCUCUCUGCGUGCAAGGCGAAGCUCCGGGGCAACGGCACUUGUCACCACGGGGGAGAAGCUGGUGUGGUGUGCGCAGGUAGCCUCCGGGCGGCCCGGGUCCGGGGGGUGAACGCCGCCAGCCGCUGCGCUGGCAGGGUCGAGGUCUUACACAACAAGCAGUGGGGGACCGUGUGCGAUGACAACUGGGACCUGCUGGACGCCGAGGUCGUCUGCCGGCAGCUGGACUGCGGGCGAGCGCUGUCGGCCCCUGGGGGGGGUCAGUUCGGGCGUGGGGAUGGCAUCAUCUGGAUGGACGAGACGAACUGCACGGGAACGGAGAGCAUGCUGUCCGCCUGCCGGGCCCAGCCAUGGGGCAUCAAUAAUUGCUACCACGGGGAAGAUGCUGGUGUGGUUUGCUCAGACUCGAUCAUCCCCGAGCCAGCUCAUCUCCAGCUGGCGAAUGGCUCGCACCGCUGUGCUGGCAGAGUCGAGGUGCUUCACCAGGAGGAGUGGGGAGCCAUCUGCGACCGCGGCUGGGAUAAGCAGGAUGCCGAGGUUGUGUGCCGGCAGCUGGGCUGCGGGACAGCGCUGCCAGCAUUGGAGGGGGCAGACUUCGGUGCCGGACCCCCACGCGUCUGGCUGGACAACGUGAACUGCCAGGGGACAGAGCCGGCCCUUACGAAAUGCCGGGCAAGCCCGUGGGGAGAGAGCAGCUGCAGCCACGGAAAGCACGCCAGCGUGGUAUGCUCAGGUGGGUUUCACUCCGGCACCAGCAGUAUCCGGCUGGUGGACGGCCCAGGUCACUGCGCCGGGAGAGUCGAGGUGUUUCACAAUGAGAAAUGGGGGACAGUGUGCGAUGACAGCUGGGACUUUGCGGAUGCCAAAGUGGUGUGCCGGCAGCUGGACUGCGGGACGGUGGUAUCAGCUCCGCGGCGGGCUCACUUCGGGCAGGGACAGGGACCCAUCUGGCUGGACGACGUGCGCUGCACGGGGACUGAGGCAGCCCUCUCCGAAUGCAGAGCCAAGGGCUGGGGUGUCCAUGGAUGUGAGCAUGGAGAAGAUGCCAGUGUGGUGUGCUCAGGUAACCACCGCCCGUUGUGCCUCCGCCUGGUGAACGGCUCAGACCCAUGCUCUGGGAAAGUUGAAGUGUUUCAUGAUCAGCGCUGGGGGGGCAUCUGCACCGACGGAUGGGACCUGGCUGAAGCCCACGUGGUGUGUCGGCAGCUGGGCUGUGGGGCAGCGCACUCGGCCAUGGGGUCUACCCGGUUUGGGACAGGAGAUGGCCUGAUCUGGGUGGAUGCUGUGGAAUGCAUCGGGAUGGAGGGGGCCCUUUUUGAAUGCAAGGUCAAGUUCUGGGGUGCCAACAGCUGCAAGUCGAGGGGGCAUGCAGGCGUCUCGUGCUCUGCGGCUGCAGACUUGGAGCCAGGGAGCUCAGAAACCCUGCGGCUGGUGAACGGCCGACACCGCUGCACCGGGAGGGUGGAGGUCUUUCACAACCAGCAAUGGGGGACCAUCUGCGAUGACGGCUGGGACCUGAACGAUGCGGCCGUGGUGUGCCGGCAGCUGGGCUGUGGGCCAGCCAUAUCAGCUCCAGGUUUAUCUGGGUUUGGGCAAGGAUCUGGCCCCAUCUGGCUAGAUGGGGUGAGUUGUCUUGGGACAGAAGCCACCCUCGCUGAAUGCCCGGUCAAGCCUUGGGGACACCAUGCAUGUAACCACAUGGAAGAUGCCAGCGUUGUGUGCUCGGGGAUUGCCAGCACCUCCAGGCUUCGUCUGGUGGGUGGUUUGAGCGAGUGCGCCGGGAGGGUUGAGGUGUUUUAUAACAACGAGUGGGGAACGGUCUGCGACGAUGGCUGGGACCUGAGUGACGCGGCAGUGGUCUGCCGGCAGCUGGGUUGCGGGAUGGCCCUCUCAGCCCCUGGCUCGGCUCGAUUUGGGUGGGGAGCCGGCCCCAUCUGGCUGGAUGACGUGAGCUGCACAGGAGAGGAAACCGACUUCUCCGAGUGCCGAGCCAAGACGUGGGGCAUCCGCAACUGCCACCAUGGGGAGGACGCUGGCGUGGUGUGCACAGGCAACUCUAGCUUAGCCAACCUCCGGCUGGUGGAUGGGCCACACCGUUGCACCGGGAGGGUGGAGGUGCUCAACGCUGGGCAGUGGGGGACAGUCUGCGAUGACGGCUGGGACCUGAAUGAUGCAGCGGUGGUGUGCAGGCAGCUGGGCUGUGGCAGAGCUGAGGCAGCCCCCGGCCGGGCUCGCUUCGGGCAGGGGACAGGGCACAUCUGGCUGGAUGACGUGGCCUGCACCGGGAGCGAGGAUGCCCUUGCCCAGUGCCGAGCCCAUCCCUGGGGGCAGAGUAACUGCAACCAUGGAGAAGAUGCCAGCGUGGUGUGUUCAGGUAUCGCAACCAACACUUCGACUGUCCGGCUCGUGGAUGGCCCACAUCGCUGUGCCGGCAGGGUGGAGGUCUUUCACAAUAAGCAAUGGGGGACAGUCUGCGACGACAGCUGGGACCUGAGCGACGCAGCGGUGGUCUGCCGGCAGCUGGGCUGCGGGGUAGCUGUCGCAGCCCCAGCAGGGGCUUCCUUCGGGAGGGGGCUGGAUCCCAUCUGGCUUGACAGGGUCGCCUGUGCCGGGGGGGAGAACGCCCUCGUGGAGUGUCGGGCCAGGCCCUGGGGAAUGAACGGCUGCACCCACGAAGAGGACGCUGGUGUGGUCUGCUCAGGUGAUGCAGAGGUAGCAGAGGUCCGCCUGGCAGAAGGACCGAACCGCUGUGGUGGGAGGGUGGAGGUGUUCCACGCCGGGCAGUGGGGGACGGUCUGCGACGAUGGCUGGGAUCUGAACGACGCGGCAGUGGUGUGCAGGCAGCUGGGCUGCGGCAGGGCCAUGGCAGCCCAUGGCCGGGCUCGCUUCGGGCAGGGGAUGGGGCACAUCUGGCUGGACGACAUGAGUUGCACCGGGCACGAGGACAACCUCGCCCAAUGCCGAGCCCGUCCAUGGGGACAGAGUAACUGCCACCACGGAGAAGACGCUGGUGUGGUGUGCUCAGGUACAUCCCAGUCCUGCAAUACAGGCCAUGCGGAGGAGGCGCAGGUCCGCCUGGCCAACGGCCCGAACCACUGUGCUGGGAGAGUGGAGGUGCUUCACGAACAGCGGUGGGGGACCAUCUGUGAUGACAGCUGGGAUUUGAAGGAUGCCAAGGUGGUCUGCCGGCAGCUGGGCUGUGGGACAGCCGUGUCAGCCCCGGGCCAAGCUCACUUCGGGCAAGGGUUGGAGCCCAUCUGGCUGGAUGAUGUGGAGUGCACCGGCACAGAGACAACCUUCUCCCAGUGCAGCCUUAGCAGCUGGGGACUCCAUAACUGCAACCACGACGAAGACGCAGGAGUUGUGUGCUCAGCCCACCAGCACCCUGGGGACCAGAGCACUUCAGUGACAUCAUUCCAGCCCAUGGGGGCCAUCUACCUCCCCACCAAGGCAGAAGCCCCCGAGGAUGCCGAUACUGAGACAACGCAGCUCAUGAAGGAAGAUGCUGCCCUGUGA